AAGGGACAAAAAUAGAAAUUAAAAGAAGUAGAGCAGGCCAGUAAUACUUAACAAGACAUGUCUAGUCUCUUCUCUUUGUUUAGCUGCCAAUUUUUGCUUCAGCCUUCUCCAUAAAAUUGGGAUACUUUAUAUAGGACUUGGAAAGAGCUGGGAAACCCCGAAAACCUUCGAGCCUCCAACAUGAGCAGAAAGAGGAGGAGAAGCUGCAGGGGUCGGAAAAGCUCUGAUACUAGAGAAAAUGAACAUAUCCCAGCCAUUUGCCAAUGCCAACAAAACACUGGUGUUGAAAAUAGAACAGGUGAAGAAGAAGCAACUGAUCCUCACAUCCAUGAAGCCAUGAAUGUCAUACAGCCUGAUAAAAACAGAAACAAUCGUUCUUGCAUAGAAAAGAAUGGAAGAAAAUAUGAUGGAGAUGAUCUUGAAAACAAGGAACAGGAUAUUAUGUGUGACAGUGUGAAAGAAGGAGAACAAGAAAAGAAUUGCAGUUUGUUGGGGUUUUUGGCUCAGCAAGAGGAUGUCUUAGCAGUGGCAAACAUGGAUGAAUCAGGAACCACUUCAGCAGUAAAUAUCACACAGGAAUGCAGUUUUGACGAUGCCGAUUCUCUUCAGUCAGAUAAAGCAUUUAUUGUGGAAGUGAAAUGUGGUUCCUUUACCAUGAAACUGGAAAUGAAGAAAGAUUCAUUGUUUGAUACUGGGAUGGAUUGUGUGGCCAGAAGGUGGAAAAGCCCUAAGGAAAGAAGAUGUCACAGAGACCACUGCUGUAAACAGCCGAAGGAGUCUGGUCCCUCUGCUGGGCAUUCUGGAAAAUAUAGGACACCUAAAUACACACUCCAAAUAGCCAAUAACCAAAAUGCUUCAAUGAAAGUAAGCAUCAUAGAAAAGGAAACUGAGGUAAAAUAUGUCAGUGGGAAGCAGAAAUUAAUGGUUAGCAUCGAGCCUUGCAAUAAGCCAAAAAAACGUGAUCAGGUGAGACCUUCGAAGUAUGGAAAUACAUUUGCCAGCGAUGCAGAUUAUUCUGGAACAGAGGAAUGUUGCCACUCAGACUCUGAGUCAGACUUUAGCCUUCCAGAGGAAGAAGACAGAUUCACGCAGUACACUUGUUCAGAGUGGGGCACUGUUAUCCCUCCUCCAGCUGAGUUUGCUGACUCUGAGGAAGCCUUCUUAGACUGCAACACUGAGGUUGUUUCCUUAAGGCCAGCUGGUGAUAUGGAAACAUUCCAAGUUGCCUUAAAUUGUGGUGAUGGAGGUGAUUUCUUUCAAGAGAAAGACAAUAAAAAGAUGGAGUGUUCCAAUGAAAAAGAUUUCUACGAGGACAUCAUUUUUUCAGAAUUCAGCUAUACUGGGACAUCUCCUCAGGAAGAUUACAGUUCCAGAGAAAUCCAUUUCGGAAGUAAACCUAAUGAUGAAAUGAGUGAUGUGCAGCAGGGAAGCAACAACAGUCUAAUGGAAACAAAGAAUAUUACACCGGUUUCACAUAUAGAAUCGAACAAUGUAAGGAGAUACUCUUUUCCAGCCACCUCUAUUGAUAUACUGUCAUCAUUUCACCCUAGACGGGACUCAGGUUUUUAUUCAAUGCCAUCUUUAUCCUUAAAAGUGCUGCCCAAGCCAAGCAAAGUGACAAAUAUUUACAAUAAUAGCACACUUACACCUAUCAGCUGCACAGAACUCUCUUCCAGUUUGACAUCAUUGCUUGGUAAUCUCAGAGAUCUGAAAUCUUCAUGCUGUUAUGCCUUCACCUCAUAUGACCAUGACAUGACUCUGUACCAUGCUGAGCUUGAAGGAAAAUUAAGCAAUGCCUUUUUCAUAGAUCAUUGUUUCCAGUACAUGGAAGACUGUAGAGAAACAGAGGAGAUGGCAGCAGAGAAUUUUCAUUCCGUUGUUAAUUCCAGGGGAGGACAAACAGAGGAACACAGACCCACUAAGUUUCUGAGAAGGUCAGAUGUUCAUGAGGAGUAUCCUGACUUAGCAAAAAGUGAGCUUGAUUGUGAGGCUGUAAGGAGUGAUCACCAUGAAGUUCAAGUGGAUGAGGAAUUUAAAAACAAAGGAUCAUUUAGCCAGGCUUCCUCACUUUUUAGAAGUCCAACAAGUAAUUAUAAUGACCAGAAUAAUAUUUCUCCUCAGGAUGAGACAGAAGGCAUCCAAGAUGAACAUAUAGAAUUACAGCCUACUGGAAAUCUUCACCUAAGUCUUGCAGAAUCCGAAGAAACAAAAAAGAAAAGGAGAGGAUCAGUGAUGACUGUAAUAACUGGUGAAUUAGAACGCCGACUUAUCAUUCGAGGUGACAAUAAGUCCAUGGCAGAUUCUUUUAGCUUGGCAAUAAAAAAGGAGCCCAUUCUACCCUGCAGCAUAAGGGAAAUGUUUAUGUCACCUCUUUUGGAUGUUGAGGAACCAGAUCUAGAUAACGAAUUCCAGAGUUUGCCUGAAGUUCAGGAAAUGCCUGAUGUUAUCCAUGAAGAUUCAACGUAUCAAGAGCAUUCUUUCCAAGCUGAUGGAGUUUCAUGCCCUCUAGACGAUGAGCAUCUUUCUGCUGGUACUUCAUUCACAAAAGUAUCAGAUAUGCUUUCCAGUGACCAAGAUAUAUGUUCAUCUGAUAGUUAUGGAACACAUUUAGCAGCAGAACAAACACAGGAGUUAGCCAAGCCCAGCUAUGAAAAUCCUGAAGUACUGAGUGAAAUAAAUAUGGGCCCAAAUCCAGACACAACAUCUCCAAAACAUCAGACAGAUAAUACAGCAACCACAUUAGAAGAUGUACGUGUAAUACUGUCCAAUGAGCAAGAAUCGAAAGAUGUGAAACUUGGUGACCACCCACAGGAAGAAGCCAUAGAUCGUUGGGCCAUCCGGAGGAAACAGUUCAAAAACAGCAAGAGGUGUAGUUCAGCUGGUGGGAGUUCCAUAAACAGCACUCUCACUGAAGGAUCCAUCAAUUCAGAAGAUGGCCGCUCUUUUGAUCUAGGCCUACAUGGUGACAAUGAAGAGAGAAAUUUCUACACAGAGAUCUUCCACUCGACUUCUUGGGUCUUUAGAGGGGAUGAUGCCAGCCCAAACAAUAGCCCCAGAUGUCUUAGCAAAAGGCCUAGGCCAGUAGCUGUCCGUGAACGAACUGUACGAAUUGCGAAAGGAACCGGAGACUACCCCUGGGGAUUCCGAAUCCAGUUCUCAAAGCCAAUCCUUGUGACGGAAGUGGACACCAAUAGCGCAGCUGAAGAAGCAGGCCUUCAGAUUGGAGACAUUGUGAUGGCUGUCAAUGGCACAGAUGUCACCAGCAUGCCACAUUCAGAGGCUGCAAAUCUGGCAAGAAAAGGACCAGAUAUCUUGACCUUGCUGGUUGGCUCUGAUAUCAGUCGUUGCCCCAACACGCCCCGUCCCACAUGUCGAGGAUAUCUGCACAAACGGACCCAGUCAGGUAUCCUGAGAGGGUGGAGGAAGCGAUGGUUUGUGUUAAAACAUGAUGGCUGCCUCUACUACUACAAACACAAAAAGGAUGAAGGAAAGUGCAGACCACUUGAAGUAACAAAAUUAGAAGGUGCUGAAAUUGGUGUGGACAGUAGCCUGGGCAAAACUUUUGUGUUCAAGUGCAUUCCUCAGACUGGAAACAGGACUUUCUAUUUCUGUGCCACGUCAAACCAAGAGAUGAAAAGGUGGUUGGAGGCCAUGGAGAAAGCUGUGCACCCUGUUCAUCAGAACCAUGUAUGGGUAGAUGUGACUCUACACAACACAAGCCUUCCACCACUUGCAAUAAAAAAUCCAGAGUGCCUGGGACUUCUUCACGAACUGGACAAAAAUAAGGACACGUGGAACCAACACUAUUGCAUUUUGAAAGAUGGCUGUUUAUAUUUUUAUGCCAGCAUACGCUCUACACAUGCUCUUGGUGGAAUUUACUUGCAGGGAUACACUGUAAGUGAACAGGCUCUUGGUUCCAGGAGGUCCGUGAUUGAAGCAAAACCACCUUCUGAGGAAUUCAAAACCUUUUACCUAUGUGCAGAAAGUGUAAAUGAAAACAAACGAUGGAUUACUGCACUGAGAGCCUCUAUUAGCAAGUGGUUGCCAUUAAACAAGGCCAUUCAAGACUUCAUGAAUCGACCACUGGAAGAGACUAGGAUGUGAAGAGCAAUCCAGUCCUCUACACUAUAGUUCAGAACAGGGAUGCCAUUACAGACAAAUGUUCCCAUGAAAUGCAAACCCAGAAACGUUUGAUCAUAGCAUAUCUCUCAUGAACUGCAAUCCACAUAAUUUUGUAAACAUUAAUUAGUAAAUAAACAAAAAGCU